CCCGGGCCUUCGCGGUGCAGCUGGAGCUGCAAGUAGCCGGCGCCGUCCCGCGUCGCCCCCGCGCAGGGCGGGCCCCGCACGCUUAUUCUGCCCGGGAGGAACGCCGGCGUCCAGCCCGCUACCGACCGCCGCUGCGGGAUGCUGCGCUCCACGUCCACGGUCACCCUGCUCUCGGGCGGCGCCGCCAGGACGCCCGGGGCGCCCAGCAGGAGGGCAAAUGUUUGCAGACUACGGCUGACCGUACCUCCUGAGAGUCCAGUUCCUGAGCAAAGUGAAAAGAAGAUUGAGAGAAAAGAGCAGCAUCUUGACCUGAGCAAUGGAGAACCUACCAGGAAACUUCCUCAGGGUGUUGUUUAUGGUGUGGUGCGAAGAUCAGAUCAAAAUCAGCAGAAAGAAAUGGUGGUGUAUGGGUGGUCCACCAGUCAGCUGAAAGAAGAGAUGAACUACAUCAAAGAUGUGAGAGCCACUUUGGAAAAGGUGAGAAAGCGAAUGUAUGGAGACUAUGAUGAGAUGAGACAGAAGAUUCGACAGCUCACCCAGGAACUAUCAGUUUCCCAUGCUCAGCAGGAGUAUCUGGAGAAUCACAUCCAAACCCAGUCGUCUGCCCUGGAUAGUUUUAAUGCCAUGAACGCAGCCUUGGCGUCGGAUUCCAUUGGCCUGCAGAAAACCCUCGUGGAUGUGACUUUGGAAAACAGCAACAUUAAGGAUCAAAUCAGAAAUCUGCAGCAGACGUAUGAAGCAUCCAUGGACAAGCUGAGGGAAAAGCAGAGGCAGUUGGAAGUAGCGCAAGUUGAAAACCAGCUGCUGAAAAUGAAGGUGGAAUCGUCCCAAGAAGCCAAUGCCGAGGUGAUGCGAGAGAUGACCAAGAAGCUGUACAGCCAGUAUGAAGAGAAGCUGCAGGAAGAACAGAGGAAGCACAGUGCCGAGAAGGAGGCUCUUCUGGAAGAAACCAAUAGUUUUCUGAAAGCGAUUGAAGAAGCCAAUAAAAAGAUGCAGGCGGCAGAGAUCAGCCUAGAGGAGAAAGACCAGAGGAUCGGGGAGCUGGACAGGCUGAUUGAGCGCAUGGAAAAGGAACGUCAUCAACUGCAACUUCAGCUCCUAGAACAUGAAACAGAAAUGUCUGGGGAGUUAACUGAUUCUGACAAGGAAAGGUAUCAGCAGUUGGAGGAGGCAUCAGCCAGCCUCCGUGAGCGGAUCAGACACCUAGAUGACAUGGUGCAUUGCCAGCAGAAGAAAGUCAAGCAGAUGGUUGAGGAGAUCAUGUCGCACGAGCUCUUCUCCAGAUUUAGUCUCCGACUCUUUGGAAGAUGAUAAAUUGGUAGCCUGCUCUGGGUUGGAAGCGAUUCCUUUAUUGUUCGUGAUUAGAAGAACACUUGUACACUCUCUGCUGGGAAGAGGUGGUAUUUAUCUAUGAUGAGCCAAUGAACAAAACAGGAAGGACAUAUUAUUGAAAGGAAAAUUUGACCAUGUGGGGCUCUUGUUUGUGAAAACACCCACAUACUGUCACCCUGACUUGCACAGCCUCAAACUGCAGAGUCAAGAGAACUCACAGAUCCACAGAGUAUUUUUAGGAACUUGAGUAGACAUCGAAGAAGGAACUGCAAUGAAAAAGACUACUGAAAAACCAUUCAGAAAGUUCCAGGUGGAGGCUUGGAAGAUGAAUCCUUACUUAUGGAAAAGCUGCCAAAGACAUCUGCUAAGGAGAUGGGAAGAGAGCUUGAAGAAUGUUAGUGCUCUGGGAAGGAGGUGCUCCCACCAGAUCACCCCCCAGAAAGUACAGGAGCAGCCAAGUGUCCAUGUGGUUUGGUUCUAUUUGUAUAUGGGAGGUGGCCCUGAAGGUGUCCUUCCUGAAUGGAUGUCAAUACUCAUCUUAGGACUCUUCUAAGAGGAGUUUAGUUUGCUUCUAUCACCAUCAGCAUUUUGCCUGAAUUGGUUCAACCAACUUCAUGAAAAGGAGUGUAUCUGAUAAAGAGAAAUCUAUUUGGCUGAAAUAUGUUGAACUGAAACAUCCUUCAUGUAUGUUUUAUUUUUAUAGAGGUCUUUCUUGAGAUUGCUACAGGCAUUGGUGUUUUAUCAGAACAUGACAGUUUUGCUGAGAACUAGCAGUAGUAGCCGCAGUCAUAGCAAUGGGUGGCAUGAGUCUACAUAAGCUGGGAGAUGGGGCUCAUGGAGUGAGUGCGUUCAGAGGCCCAGUGUCCCUCAGACGUUGGCUAGUUCUCCACUCCUGCCACUCCUUCGUGGCAAAGCAGGCAUGAAGAUGCUUUCUUGCUAAUAUUUGCCUUUGCUUUCAUUUAGAUGCUUCUACCCAGCUUAAGCAAGGAGGGAGGGGAUGGGAAAGAAGCAGAUGAAUACUUUUCCGCAUUAGUUAUUAACCUUUAAUGUUGUUCACCUGUGCACGGUGCUGUGUUUAGACACACAUCCCCAGAUACGACGCUGGGUAUUCAGACUUCCACUACGGAGACAGAGGCAGAUUUGAGAAUCUCAUCCGGAUGUUAGCUUAGUGUUGUUAACUACACUGUUUUUUAGGGACACCUUUAUUGCUGUAAUGUUUUUCUAAGUCUCUGGUGGAAAAGUCACCGGCAUUUGUUCUAGCAGCAUUGAUUCAUUGCCAAGUUUUAAAAAAGGAAAUAAUUAAUAGAAUGCAAUGACCUUUAGAGAAAACGGGUCACCCAUGUAAGUCUCGCUUUCAGGGUGGUGUGCUUUCUUCUGCUUUUAGAGUUCCUUUUCUCUUUUGGGCUAUGAACAGUACCUGGAGGCCAGGCAGGCCUUAUUCUGGAGCAGAUAGUGAGUGAGGUUCCUAGAGUACUGCAUAGCCUGAGAGUGCCUCCUAAGUGGAUGCUCUCCACGCCUCCUGCACUUGGCCCUGGCCCUGGGUCCUAGGCUCAUUGUUGAUCUUCUUAGAUCUGGAUUCCUUACAUCGCAGGACCUACCUCAGCCUGCUCUUGUCUGCCUUUGCUGAUGCCCCUCAAUUCACCUCUUUCCUGCCUGUACUGUGAUAUGGUGUGAACUUGACUUACUGCUUGUCAAACCUGAAUCAUGUGCUGAAAUCCUGCCCCGCCACCGCUUUCCUCCCUUAACUGGAUCCUUAGCCUUGGACUCCAAGGCUACAGCUCUGUGUCAUGGCCACUCACGCCCCACCCAAAGGAGGUGCUCCUCAAAAGUUUGAGGCAGGAGUGAUUUAUUGUAAAUGACAAUGUUAUAGUUUCUAAUUCUAGUGUUUAGCAUGGUAGUAUUCACUUAUUUAUUUUAAAAUCUUAGACAAUUUAUCUAAAAUGUCAAUUUUUAGAAGGUAUCAGAGCACAAUUGUGGCAGUCUUUUUUCUGUAUGUGUUAUAUGUAUUAUUAAAAAAAGCAGGUUCAUUCUAUGACAGGUAUUGGUUACGGUAUUCACAAUAUAAAUUGUCUUUUCAAGGGAAAAGAUAUUUUCUUUGGAAAUGUAAUUGAACCUAUGUUCUCUUUAUCAAAAUUGUUCUAAUUGACUUUGAACUGUUUCUCAGACACCUGGUGCCCAGUUUCUGGCCAUAGAAACUAUGUGAGGCUAAGUAAUUCAUGUUUUGGGUCACUACCAGUCACAAAUGCUUCUCUCAUUCCAAGGCUAUGCAUAUAGAUGUCACAUUCCCACGUCAAUCAUCUCUGGAAGGUAUUAUUUGCCCAGUUUUUUAAGCAUGGGAAACUGAGGCUUAGAGUCUUAAAAAAUAAGUAGCUGGCAGUCUCUCAGCAAAUAAUGAUGGUGCUGCACUACAUACCCAGAUCUGUGACUCCAAAGCCAACCUUUGUUCUUUUCUUCUUGUUACUUUUAAUUGGAAAAAAAUUUAAAUUGCAAAAAGUUGUAGAGAAUGAUAAAAACAAAAAAUCCACGUACCCUCUUCUAGGAUUAAUAAAUGUUGCCAUUUUGGCACACUUGCUUCUGCUUUUUUUUUUUUUUUUUUUUUUUAAAUAAAAGAACAUAUCACAGAUAAAGAAGAGGUUCUCUUUUUACCUGUCCCUGAUUCUGUUCUUUUUCCUUCUUUCACCCUCUCUUCUUCUCAGAGGCAAUUUGGUCUCUAGGCCAUGCCUUGAUGAUUUUACUGUGUAUAUAUAUAUAAAAUUAGUAUGUGUCUUAGUUUGUGUUUUAAAUUUUACAUAAAUUUUAAUUUAUAAUAUUAAAAAUAAAUUGUACAUAUUUUGCAACUUAUUUCUCAGUUUUGCUUUUGGUGUUAUUCCAUAUAGAUCUGGAUUAUUCAUUUUAAUGGCUAAUAUCCUUUUAUUUGAAUAUAUUGUAACUUAUUUAUCCUAUUGAUAGACAUUUUUAUUCUUUUACAAAUAAUACCAACAUGUCUCCAGGCUUCUCUAACUAGGAAGUAUACUUAGAGGAGGAAUUGCUAGGGCAUGGGAUUGGCACAAUUUCACCUUUUCUAGAUAUUGCCCAAUCGCUGCCCACAGUGCACAUACCUUUCCACCAGUCACAUGUGAGAGGGCAGAUUUUCCAAAUGCUCGCCACCACUUGGCACUGUGUGGACUAUAAUUUUGGCCAGUUAGGAAAUGGCAUCUCAUUGUUUUCAUCUUAAUUUGUGUCAGCCUGAUUACUCAUUGAAACUUGUGAGGUUGAGAAAUUUUUCUUAAGUUUAUUGGCCAUUCAAGUUUCCUCCUUUAUGAAAUGGUUGUUCAUGUCAUUUGCUCGUUUUUAUAUUAGGUUGUUUUUCUUUUAUCCAGCUGACUUGUAGAAACUCUACAUCUUAUCAAUAUUAAUCACUUAUCAAAAACUAUUUGGGUGCCAUUAUCUUCUCCUAGUCAAUGUUUUUUGUUUGUGGUAUCUUUUAUAAUAUAUAAGUUUUUAAUGUUGGCAGAAGUAAAGUUAAUCUUUUUGGCUGUGUUGUGUGUCUUGUUUGACGUAAAGAUAGUUUCUGUAAUAGUUUUGAAGUUUGAUUGUUCAUCUUUAGGUCUUCAGUUACAACCUGCACAUCCGUCCCCUGUAUCCUCUUUCUUACUCUGUUUUUCUUCACAGCACUUAUCAUCCAAUAAUAUGUCAUGCACUUUAUUUAUCUGUUUUGCAUGUAUAUUUUGUCUGUUGCCUGUUUCCUUCCACUAGAAUGUAAGUCCCAUGAGGGCAGGGACUUGCAUCUAUUUUGUUUGUGGUUGUAUCUCUAACACCUGGGAUAGUCACUGGCAAAUGAUAGUUGCUCAAUAAAUAUUUGUUGGACAAAUAAUGAUCCAUGUAGAAUUUAUUUUUGUGUAUCGUAUGAAUAGGACUCCUUUUAUUUUUGGCUCAUGGAAAGCUUGUUUCUCUAAUAGCAUUGCCAUACUGAUUUUUUUCAUGUCACUUUCGUCAAGCUGGAGUUGUUUCCCCUGUGCCAUUGUCUUUGAACAAUCCUGUUUUCCUGCCCCUCUGCUGAAGACUGAAGGAAACCCAUUCCUUGGGCUUAAGAGUGGGAAUAAGGAUGAGGAGGAGCCAGGUACAAUUUAUGGGGAGCUUAUGGGACAGUUGGUACCCAUUUAAGAAGAGCCUCUUAUGAGCAUGAGUGCAAAAAUAGACAUGAGUUCCUGCUCUCAGAGGACCUUCUGGCUGACAUUUAAACUCAUUUGAACUUGAGGCAGAAUGUCAUAGGUGCUGGAAACACAGAAGGUGGGAAACUUAGUGGUUAAGUUCAUAGGCUUUGAGUAAAUUCAGUCUGCUUUUGCAUCCUGCUUCUGCUACUGACUAGGCUUUGUAUCUUGAGCAAAUUAUCCUCUCCAAGAUUCAGUUUCCUUAUCAAUAAUAUGGGAAUGGUCAUAACAUUACCUCCUCAAAAGGUAGUUAUAAGGAUUGACUGAUGUGAUGUGUGCUAAAUGCUUAGCACGGUUCCUGCCAGUACAAACUAAUUCUGAUGUGGGUGGAGAGUCUUUAGGGAGGAGGUAGUGUUUGACCAGGCCUUGUAGGACGGGUUGGAUUUUUCUAGGCAGGGAUUGAAUGGGUGGACAUGUCAGACAACAUAUAGAAUAAAUAAAAGCAAAAACAUGCAGACCAGAAAGUAUAGGUUGAGUUCACAGAGCAUUCAUCUAGUUUGGAUGGUACGAGGGAGUGAGAAAUGAAGAGGCAAGAAAUAUAGGUUGACACCAAUUGUGAUGGUUUAUUAGCACCAAGCCAAGAAGGAUGUCCUUCAUCACUCUGCUCAUAAUUCCUCAAUGGCUCCCCAUUGCCUGAUCAGAUCUGAGCUCCAGAGUGGUGCCUCUGGCCAGUGGGUACUGGGUGAAUAGGAGGGGAGAGGAGCACGGAGGACAGCAAGAAGGCUCCAAGGAGAGCCCUGGCUAGUGCUAGAGAGUGUUCACUUUCCAUGCACUUGAACUUUAGGAAGAGCUUCCAAAAUGCAAUUUUUUAGCAUCAGCUUUGUGCCAGAUGUGGAGCUAGGGGCCUCCAUAUAUAUGUAUUACGUGAUUUUGAAGCAGUUCACUCCCUUGGACACUCCUGUUCAGGAUUUGGUGUUUUGUCUCUGAAACUGAAAUUCAUCGAGAAAAGCACAGGGGUAAAUAAGCU